GGUUCUAGCACGUGAACAGUGGUUAGUGAAAGCACUCGUAAAUAAAGGAGUAAAGUAAGGGUCAGAUUCCAUCCAGUUUGUGCUGCGAUGUUUUGGAUUCUGUUACUUCUUUCUGCCCGAAGUUCCCACCUCAUUUUGAUCGUGCAAUGAGGAAUUCAUCUAGAAGUAAUUCAAGAAUGGCUUCGUCUCAAUCGACCUAUGUUCAUCUUGUGGCUGGAGGGGUCGGAGGAACAGUUGGAGCAAUAGCAACAUGCCCUCUAGAAGUAGUUAAAACUAGAUUACAGUCCUCAGUACCAACGUUCUACACAACAACAACAUGUAUGAGUAAUGUGGGAACAGUUCAAGUAACCUAUCAGAAGCCGUCGGGUGUUAUAACAUGCCUGCAGUCAAUAAUACGCAAUGAAGGGGUUACCGCAUUGUUCAGAGGGCUUGGGCCAUCGUUAGUCGGAGUGGCCCCUUCAAGGGCUAUAUACUUCUCAUUCUAUGCCACUGCAAAGUCAUCUUUGAAUAAGAGUGGGUGGGUUAAACCCGAUAGCAAGAAAGUGCAUAUGCUUUCUGCAUGUUCAGCAGGUCUGUUCACAUCGACAUUGACCAGUCCUCUUUGGGUUACAAAGACUAGACUGCAGCUGGAUAACAAGACCAAACGGCAUGCUGCGCAGAUGAUAAGGUCCAUAUAUCGUGCUGAUGGAGUAAAAGGCUUUUAUAGAGGGUUGUCAGCUUCGUAUGUGGGAGUAACAGAGACCUGUAUUCACUUCGUUAUUUAUGAGAGCAUCAAAGCAAGGUUACAACACCACAAGCUGAAGCAGAGGAAUAGAACCCACACAAGUGCUUUUGACUUUAUUGAGUUCAUGCUUGCUGCUGCAACAUCUAAGUGUAUAGCAUCAACAGUGGCUUACCCUCACGAAGUAGUCAGAACAAGGCUACGGCAACGGGAAUUGGACGGUUCCAGGAAAUACCAUUCCUUCUUUCAGACAUUAAGAAGGGUUGCAUUUGAAGAGGGGUUUAGAGGAUUAUAUGGAGGACUAUCUACACAUUUGAUCCGGCAGAUACCUAAUACUGCAAUAAUGUUCUUCACUUAUGAGGCCAUUGUCAGCUUCUUGUGCAAAGAUGAUUAGGUAGCUAGCACUAGACUAGAGGUGUGGUAUUACAGCUAGCAAUACAUGCUUUUUCCUAGAGUUGGUGAUUCAAUAUAUUCAAAUGGUUUUACAUUUAUUACAGGUUCAGGAAAGCUUUGCUGUAUUCUGCAAAUUGUUAAUAAACCAGCUCUUUUUUUCUGGUUAAUAUAUAUUUUUGAUGGGGUGUAUUUCUUAAGAAUAUUGCAAAGCUUUAUUACCUGAAAUUAUUUUGAAGAAAGCUGGAUUUUGAAAUGUAUUGGCAAAGACAAACAGGAAAACUGAAAAAGUGCUUCAAAUUUAAUGAAAAAGUGCUUAAAUUUUUCAUGCUAUAGUGCUAUACAUAUACUAAAACUGGUUUAAAAGUAGUGACCAUGAAAACAGCUACUUUUAGGCCAGUUGAAAAAUAAAAGGAUUUGUAUAUAAAUUGUAUAUAGAUAGUUAAAGUAAAAGAAAUCGAAUUUUAGCAUACAAAGUAUAGUAUACUUUGCUUGCUAAAAAUAAUGGUUAAACGUUAAAACUAAAAUCAUUUAUGAAAUAAAAGUUUUUACGCUUUA